CUCAUUUUCAAUUGACUCGUUGGAGCUGUGGAGAGCAAUUGAAUCUGUUCGUUCUCCACACAAAAACCUACAACCAUCUUUAGCCCACACCUCCUUUUUCAUCCUCUUUCAAUACCUACCAGCGCUGUGCGCAUCUGGCCUACCUAUUUUCUUCCUCCAGUUCAGACUACAGUCUCAGUCGCGGUAUUUCAAUCACCCGAUUAUAAUACUACGAUCUCAUCAUGAAGGGCGAAAUCCUCCACCUUCACUUGGGCCAGGCUGGUACCCAGCUCGGUAACAGCGCCUGGGAGCUGUAUCUCCUUGAGCAUGGCCUCGGACCUGAUGGUCGCCCGGACCCUAAUGCUUCAAAGGAUGUUAUGGAUGGCGGUUCCUACGAGACAUUCUUUACCGAGACCAGCGGUGGUAAAUAUGUACCCCGUUCCAUCUUCGUCGACUUGGACCCCUCGCCUAUUGACGAGAUCCGUACCGGCAACUAUCGCCAGCUCUUCCACCCUGAGCUUCUGAUUAGCGGAAAGGAAGAUGCUGCCAACAACUACGCCCGAGGUCACUACACCAUCGGCAAGGAGAUGAUAGAUAACUGCCUUGACCGAAUUCGCCGUGUGACAGACAACUGCAACUCGCUUCAAGGUUUCUUGAUCUUCCAUUCGUUCGGUGGUGGUACCGGUUCCGGUUUUGGUGCUCUUCUUCUCGAGCGUCUUUCCACCGAGUAUGGCAAGAAGUGCAAGCUCGAGUUCGCUGUUUAUCCGGCCCCUCGUGUGUCUACCGCCGUUGUCGAGCCUUACAAUGCUGUUCUAUCUACCCACAGUACUAUCGAGAACUCCGACUGCACAUUCCUGGUUGAUAACGAAGCUGUCUACGACAUUUGCAGACGUAACCUCGACAUCCCUCGUCCCAACUCUGAGCACUUGAACCGCCUCAUUGCUCAGGUCGUCAGCUCUAUUACUUCGUCCCUACGAUUCGACGGUGCUCUGAACGUUGAUCUGAACGAGUUCCAGACCAACUUGGUCCCGUAUCCUCGUAUCCACUACCCUCUAAUCAGCUACGCGCCUGUCAUCUCAGCUGCCAAGAGCGCCCACGAGAGCUUCAAGGUCCAUGACCUUACCUUCCAAUGUUUCGAGCCGAACAACCAGAUGGUUGUCUGCGACCCUCGAAACGGCAAGUACAUGGCUGUCGCCCUCCUGUACCGUGGUGAUGUUGUUCCCCGUGACUGCAACGCUGCUAUUGCAGCCCUAAAAGCGAAGUCUUCCUUCAACCUCGUUGAAUGGUGCCCCACUGGUUUCAAGUUGGGUAUCAACUACCAGAAGCCCAUGGCUGUUCCCACCGCGUCGCCAUCUGACGGUGGUCUCGCGUCCGUCGACCGCUCCGUUUCUAUGUUGUCCAACACGACUGCUAUUGCCGAGGCCUGGUCCCGUCUGGACUACAAGUUCGACCUCAUGUACAGCAAGCGUGCCUUCGUGCACUGGUAUGUGGGUGAGGGUAUGGAGGAAGGCGAGUUCUCCGAGGCUCGUGAGGAUCUGGCAGCUCUGGAGAAGGAUUACGAGGAGGUUGCGGCUGAUAGCUUCGAGCCGGAUGAGACCGAAGCCGAGUAUUAAGAUUUCUGCAUUAAGCGUAUAAUACCCCUAGGUUCGCUUUCCAUCAGUUCCUGCUGUCGAAUACUCGUGUCCUUAAUCCUAUUUCUUCGACGUUCGAGUUGGCAAAAGGCUUCUGUUUUUGUUGGAGUCGCGAAUAGAACAGGGGAUGAUGAUGUGUGGAUAUCCUGGUAUUUCUUGGAAGAGGGAGGCCUCGCAAGGUCAAGGAUGUCCAGUAGGUAGUAGAUGGACAAAGAGUACCCCGUUUUCUUAUAUUUCCCCCCGAGUUGCCUAGCUCUCAGUACAAAUGCAACGCUGCACAAAUUGUGCAAUGUCGAGUAGGUUGAUGAAUGAGAUUCAUGAUUCCCAGGAUUCAAUACGUACACGUUGUGAGUUGCCAAGUAGUUAGUCUAAAUAAGAGCGAAUAUUUAUUUUACUC